GCGCGUAGGCACAACUUCCGGAGGGAGGCGGAAGAGUCUCUCGGCUCUGGGCUCGGGAGACCCGGGACCACUGAGGGGCCACCCGGGAUACAGGAAACGGCCGCUGGGGACUAGCCAGCCGCACUCGGUGUGUCUGGGCUGCUGGUCUGAGGGAUGAGGAGGGACCAUGGCCAGCGACGGGGCCAGGAAGCAGUUCUGGAAGCGCAGCAACAGCAAGGUCCCGGGCAGCAUCCAGCAUGUGUAUGGAGCCCAGCACCCCCCCUUUGAUCCACUGUUACAUAGCACCUUGCUCAAGUCUACGCCCAAGGUGCCCACCACACCGGUGAAGGCCAAAAGGGUCAGCACCUUCCAGGAGUUUGAGAGCAACACCAGUGAUGCCUGGGAUGCUGGGGAAGAUGAUGAUGAGCUCCUGGCCAUGGCGGCAGAGAGCCUGAACACCGAGGUGGUCAUGGAGACGGCCAAUAGGGUGCUGCGUAACCACAGCCAGCAGCAGGGGCGGCCCGCGCUGCAGGAGGCACCAGGGCCCGAACAGAAGCUGAAGCCUGAGACAGAGCUGCCUUCAGCCCCAAGUGGUGACCUUCGGCUGGUAAAGUCUGUCAGCGAGAGCCAUACGUCCUGUCCUGCAGAAACUGCCAGUGAUGCCAUCCCUCUGCAGCGGUCCCAGUCUCUCCCACACUCGGCCACAGUCACGCUGAGUGGGAUGCCUGACCCGAGCACCCUCAGCAGCUCAGCGCUGAGUGACAGAGAGGCCUCUCGGCUUGACAAGUUCAGGCAGCUGCUCGCUGGCCCCAACACAGACCUUGAGGAAUUACGGAAGUUGAGCUGGUCCGGAAUCCCUAAGUCAGUUCGUCCAAUUACAUGGAAACUUCUCUCAGGUUACCUUCCUGCCAAUGUAGACCGAAGACCAGCCACUCUCCAGAGAAAACAAAAAGAAUAUUUUGCAUUUAUUGAGCACUAUUAUGAUUCUAGGAAUGAUGAAGUUCACCAAGACACAUAUAGACAGAUCCACAUAGACAUCCCUCGGAUGAGCCCCGAAGCACUGAUACUUCAACCCAAGGUGACAGAG